GGGGGCGGAGUUGGACCCGCCCUCAUUCUUUGGACCUGACGUCAUUGUCGCUUAUGUUUUUUUGUGAAUGAAAGAAUCCAACCUCAGAGAGCAGCGGAGUAAUUCCGGGAAAAGGCGGACUGACAUUUUGUCGCCAGCGUCGCGUCGACCCAGCAGUGUCUGUAUCUGUGUUGACUGGUGUUUGGAGAGGCUGAAGACAGUCGGAUCAUGACAUCAGAAAGAAACAGCAAAGCCCUGAAGGUGAAGCAGGAGUGCGGCGAGAACGUGCCCGUCCUGUCGGACAGCGAGCUCAUGUCCCUCACGGUACGAGAGUUGAACCUGCACCUGCGCGGCAUGUCCCGCGACGAGAUCCAGAAGCUGAAGCAGCGGCGCCGCACCCUGAAGAACCGGGGCUACGCAGCCAGCUGCCGGGUGAAGCGCGUGUCCCAGCGCGAGGCCCUCGAGCUGCAGAAGACGGAGCUCCAGCGGGAGGUGGAGCGGCUCGGGGCGGAGAACGCCGGCAUGAGGAAGGAGCUGGAGGGGCUCGGCGCGCGGCUGGCCGCCCUCCAGAGGUUCGCCCGGGGCCUGGAGGCCGGGGGGGGGAACCUGCUGGCCACGGCGCCGCGCCUCAACACCGCCUCCGUCAUCACCAUCGUUAAGAGUCCGCCGCAGCCGCAGCCACAGAGAGAUCAGGAGCCGUCCUAGAAGGAGCUGCUGGACUGGGUGGAGGGGGGUGGGAUGCACAACUUGCAAUGCAAACAAACACACACAGCCAUAUAUAUAUAUAUACACAUACUACACACACAGACACACACACAUGCGCCGAAGAACAGGAACACGACUUCAGUAGGAAAAUACUAAGCACUUGUCUGCGUUGGGCCUCGUUCACAGUUUCAAAUUCCUUAGGACUUGCGUAAGGAGUCAUUCAUUCCUGUGUGACGCAGAGUAGUACUCCACAGCCAGGCCCCCCCCGCCCCCCCCGUCAGUUAGGGAGAGUGCGUUGGCUGAUAUUUUCAUUUGGUUCUGAAUUCUGUUCGGCAAGAUGCAAACAGGUUUAAUGUGAACGAGGCGUGGAGCACUGAUGGGCUCAGUCCACACACACACACACACACACGCGCGCACAAAGACCCUCACACUGACCCUCACACUCAGUCCCCGGUCCACAGGGGGCCUAGACGUUGACUUACUGGACUCUGACUGAAGCCGUACCGACCCCACCAGGGCUACUGUACACGCUCAAGGCUAAACGAACCCAGCUGUGCUGAUCGUGCAAAAACAAAAAAACCAAUCGGUUGAUUGUGCAGCUUCCUCCGGCUCUCCGCCCCUGUGCAACAAGAUGUCCUGAAGUCUGAGUCAUUCGCGUCUGUUAAGUCAUGCUGAGUUGGCCAACCUUUGGGUUACUUGA